AUGAUCGAGGAGCUGGGUGAAAUGGCGUCUGCUCCUGAACGCCGUUGGCUCCGCCCCCCAGGGUUUUUAUUCUUAAUGCCCAAGCGUACGACUAUGCGCCUGUCAAUGGAUGGAUGUGGCCACGUGGUCAUGAAUGAUGAGGGUGGAACUCUUACAUCAAAGAACUACCCUGAAACAUACCCCGACCACUCAGUUUGCCAGAUUACCAUCAGAGUGCAGAGCGGUAAACAGCUGUACAUCAAAGUGGCUGAUUUGGACCUGGAUAUUGACUCUGCAUCUCUGAAAAUCUACAAGGGUUCAUCCACUGAGGAAUAUGUGAGUUACAGUGGAGAUCUGAGCAAGGCAAAGACGGACAUUUUCUUAGAUGAUAAUACUGCCACCAUUCGUUUUGAAAGUGGCCUCCACGUGUCUGGCCGAGGAUUUCUGAUUAAUUAUGCCAGCAGUGAUCAUCCAGAUUUCAUUACCUGCUUGACUCGCUGUGACUAUAAAGAAGACCCAAAGUUCAGUAACUAUUGUCCAGCCGGCUGCUGGGAUGUAGCUGGAAACGUAUUUGGAGAUGUGACUAAUGGAUACCAAGAGUCGUCCUUCGUUUGCAAAUCGGCUGUCCAUGCCGGCGUUAUCGCAGACAAUCUGGGCGGUCAGGUUCUUAUAACUCGAUUACAACGCACAUUCCAAUUCAAAGGGAUGGUGACCAGUCAGAUUUUGCCAAAAGGUGUCUCCGAUUCAAAUGUCCAGUUUAUGUUCAACAAUCCGGGAUACAUUUCAUCUACGCGUCCCACAUGGACAGAUACAACAAUGGGAGAGUUCACCAAAGACCAGAUAGCUACUGAUAAAAACAAAGCAGGAUUUCCAGUCUUUGUUCUUGUCAUGGCAGUUACACCGAUUGUGUUUCUAAUUGGAGGUGUGAUUACCAUGUGUAUGUUGCUAAGGAAAAGAAGAGACUUUGGUCAUGACAUAGAAACAGGUGUCUGUAUGCAACUAAAGUCAUUUGGAAGAAAGGAAUUGACAGAAUCUAAUCUCAGCUACGAGAAUGAGGAUAAAAAGUAUAAAAGGCCAACACCACAUGUCUCUCUUCUGGAUCCUCAAUAUUCUCAUCAUCUCCCCAUGAUUGAUCCUGGCUUCCUGAUAAGAAAGGCGCCCACCACCAAGUACAUAGAUAAAGUGAUCAAGGAUUCUUGUGGAAGUGGGAAGACUGAGAGCCUCGCUCAUAAUCAGUCAAGUCACAGUAGCCAUGACAAUGCAACGUGCGUCACGUCCUCUGUGCCUCAAUAUGAAAAGCCAUGUUUAGAAGACGAUGCAAAAAGAAAACCAGUAUAUACUGACUACAGAUUCCCUUCAGAUUAUCCUAGUCGUCAUCACCAUCUUCCCAUUGAUUAUUGCCAACUUCAAUGUCCUCAAUAUCAUCUUCUUCAUCAUCUUCCUCAACGGCAUCAUCCUAAUCCCCAUUUUCAUGAUCAUCCCUCCCAUCUUUAUCAUUUUUAUCCCCAAAUUCCUGUUCGUCCUCUUUCUCCAACUCAUCAUCAUGAUGUCCACUAG